AUGACAAGUGCACAGGCCUUGGCCGAAGCAGCCAAAGUCACUGCCUACUUCGACCAACCUCACCAAGUCAUUGCCCUCACUCCGGAGGCGGAGUCUUGGCACAUGUCCUACCAAGGCGGAAUGAAUGUGCAAGCCCAUCUGUCUCGCGAAUCAGGGGAUGUUCAGGGCGGCGCUCGCUUUGGAGCCGCUCCGUGGCAAGUGGGAGUUUUGGCGGCUUUGCUCCUGGUGUUUGAAAUCUUUGUGGGUGCGCACAGUGUUGAAGCUCUUGGACGGAGGGAUUUGCAGGUCCAGAAGCUGAAGCAUAUUGCUUUGGGAGAUGCAGCCGCUAGCCCAGACCAUUUUCCCCAGCAGCCAAGUCCGCAACCUGCGUUCGAUUUGGCAACUUUGCGUGUUCCUGAUCAGACGGAAGAUUUUGCUUCGACCCAGCAUGGUCCCGAAGAAUUUGAACUUGAACCUGAAGAAGAAGAUGCGGAACCUGGGCCCAACUCGCUUGAAAGGCCCCCAGACAGCGUGGCCGAAGUCGUGGAGGACCUACCGCCCCAAGAUCCACCCGCAGGCGAAAAGCCGCUGGUUCUUGAUGAAGUGCGGGCAAGUGAUUUUGGUUUUGGCGAGAAUGGCGUCACAGUCCAGCCUGACGGUCUCUUCAGCCGUCACUGGACAGACCGGGCAAUCCUGAAGCACACCUUGCUGAUCGGCAAGCCAAAGAUGACUCGCAAAGAAGCGUGUGACAAAAUGCGCACCAGCAGGGAACAGGGCCGCCGCAAAGCGCUUCCGAAAGAGAAAUGGACAGCGGUCAUGGCGGCAGCCGCAGAGCAGCAUUCCAGCAUCCUUCAGCUCCAGGGUGAGACUUUGUGUUUGAAAGUGAUCCCAGACACAGCGCAGGGCAAGGUGAAGUACCACAAUGACUUGAUGAGGGCUUGUGGGCUGACUUUGCGGGAGCUGGUGGCCGCCAUGGAGAAAGCAUCCAGCAACCAGGAAAGGAAGCGCCAGGAAGAUCGGCGCAAACGGCCCAGAGAUGAGGAGUGA